GUGGAUGAGGACUUUAAGAAGUUGACGAAUGGCUCUGGUGCCACGAACAAGAAGCACGAGUUCUUACGUGGGUGGCUCAGCGACGGCUGCUCCGUGGGCCCGAGCUUUCGCAAAGCUCAGUUGGCCUUUGAGGCCCUGGACCGGCACAAGACAGAGGUGCAGUGGAUCUCGUGGAAGCAGGUGUGCAAGAAGUUCGGCAAGAAAGAAGCACUUCAGAGACUCGAGAACGGAUCGUUGAAAUACAGACGGAAUUUUUUGGAGUUCAGACACGUGCAAGAAAGCUUCUCGCAUGAGCACGUCAAGAAGAGAAAGACCCAGGUGGAAACCGAGGGUGGCAAGGUGGACAAGAAACUCUUGCACGACAUGGAGGGCCUGAAGAUCGAGGAUGUGACGGCCGAGGACUUCGAGAUGCAGACCGCCCUGGAGAGCAUGGAGGUGGACGAGGAUGUGAAGAACUUGAUCCUGACCAAGAUCGGAGCGACUGAGGGCAGCUCUGGGGCUUCCUCUUCCAGCUCCUCCUCAGAGAAAAAGAAGAAGAAGAAGCUCAAAGUGAAGAUCUUGAAGAAAGCUUCGAAGGACAGCUCGACCAGAUCUAGUGAGAAAGACUGGGAGAAAACCUCCCAGCUGGGAGAUGCUGACGGCAAGCCCGAGUUCAAGAGCAAGAUCGACAGCUUUCUGCAGGAGAUCCAGAAGGACACUGACUUUUUCAAGGCCUUGAACCUUGAGAAGGCCGACGCCGACGAGAAGACCUUCGUGAAGAAGACCCAGACCUCUUUGGAAGGUGCCUUGCAGACCCUUCAAAAAGCCCGCAAAACCCUGAAGCUUGAGGAGGUGAAGGAGGCCCUGGUGGCCGGCUUGAAUGCCCUCAAAAAGAGCAAGACGGCGAAGGCCAUGGAUUGCUGCAAGGACAAGAAGAGGAAGAGCAAGGACUGA